GGUUUAUGGAGCGCGAGCUGGGAAAUUUACAAUAACUCUGGUUUAUGGUUUACGUUUAUCGUUCGAGCAUGGUUUUAUUAUGAUUUUUGAGCGCCAGGUGGCCGCGCGUUUUUGUUGUGCAUUCGGAGUGUAGAGCACGUUCUACCGCCAUUACAUCGAUAAAUGUCAUUCGCGCCGCGUCCCUCGGAAACGUUUUCAAAGAUACAAGGAUUUAGUCUUGAGCAUAGUUAAAAGAGUGUUGGGUUAGUGCGAGAUGUCUACGAAGCGCAAGAACACCGCCGCGGGAAAGAAAGGUCGGGGGAAGACGCGGAAAGUCGAGUACGACGACGAGGACAUUUCGAGUGAACACGAUUCCGAAGUCGAGGACGCCGUCGACGCCGGCUCGAAUGCCGAUGGUGAGGACACAGCGGAUGAUGACCUCACCGAUGUAUCCGCUUUUCCUGAAUUACCGCCCCCGGAGGGUGGUUGGGGUAAAUCUGGAACAUUGCUCAUGUGUGGACUUACUAACUGGGAUAUGGCAGGCCGCAAGGCACCACCGAAGAGUGUAAAAGUCAAUAUUGGACGUAAUCUCUGGACUCCACAUACUUUUGAGAAUCUGAAUGGAACUCGUGUGAGACUGGUUGCUUCUGGUCCUGCUGCAUCUCAUUCCAUCAUUGUAACUGAGGAUAAUAGAUGUCUUGCAUUUGGUAGAAAUGAUAAAGGACAAUUGGGUGUUGGUGAUACAAAACGUCGUGAUGACCCAACAGAAGUAGAAGCUCUCAAAGGUGAAACGGUCAUAGCAGCAUUUUGUGGCCGUAGCCAUACUCUGUUCCUUACAAGUCGUGGUAUCGUAUACGCGUGUGGCGACAAUAAACUGGGCCAAUGUGGAAUUGGAAAAGCAGAUAUCUGUGUCACAAAAGCCACCAAAGUAAAAUACAGUGGUCCACCUAUUGUCAAGAUCGGCUGUGGUGCUGACUUUUCAAUGAUACUCGAUAUCAAGGGUGGUUUGCAUUCCUUUGGUUGCCCUGAGUAUGGAGCAUUAGGACACAACACUGAUGGCAAGUACUUCAUCACAAACACGAGGAUGGCCUUCCACUUUGAGAAAGCACCUAAGAAGAUUGUAAUGUACAUUGAGAGAUCAAAGGAUGGACACAUCACCCCUGUCGACUGCGUUGAGAUCACGGAUUUUAGUUGCGGCUACUAUCAUACUGUUGCCAUUGACAGCAAAAGCCGUUCCUUUUCCUGGGGCUUUGGUGGUGUUGGACGUCUCGGCCACAAUGAACAACGUGAUGAAUUAGUACCGCGUUUGAUUAAAUAUCUUGAACCUCCAAAUCGUAGUAUCAGAUCGGUUUAUUGUGGAAGUACUUAUAGCAUUGCUAUUAACGUUCAUGGAACUGCAUUAAUGUUCGGUCAAUCAAAACGUACUGGGGAAGCGAAUAUGUACCCAAAACCAAUUCAAGAUCUGUCAGGAUGGGAAAUCAGAUGUGUCGGAGUGUCACAAACGAGUGUCGUCGUAGCUGCCGAUGAUUCAGUUAUUGCUUGGGGAGGUAGUCCUACCUUUGGAGAGUUGGGUUUUGGGGAGCUCCGUAAAUCGUCUACCACUCCAAUGGAAGUGAAAGCUUUGGAAGGUUUGUACGUCACUGCUAUAACUUGCGGCCUUUCUCAUACGCUUAUGAUCUGCCGAGAUGAAUCUGAGGAGGAAAAAGCCAAAAUCAAGAAACUCGAAGUAUAUUCCGUUUAGGAAAUGAGGCGCGCACCUUUGGUUCUCAUAAUGAAAAACAACUGUAAUUAAAUAUAUAAGUUAUUGCGCUAUUUUUUAAAGGAAUUGAUUGUAUCAACAAAAAGCCUCAGUCGUGCUCGGGAUUUAUCGCGAGAAAACCUAUGAAUCAGAAGUAUCAUGCGAAUUAUCAAUGCAAAAAAGUGAAUCGAAAUAAGCAGAAAAGGUUUCAAUUUAAUUAUAAUUUUCACAUGACAUUUUUGGACCGGUCUUUGGUCGGUUAUAAAAAGAAAAUACACCUGAUUCGCAGAAGCCUCGAAGACUACAUGAAACGUCCAUAUAAAGCAUAGAGUUAGCUAUUUCUCUACUUCGUACUUCCAACUCUUACUUAAAUCGCGGGAAUGAAUAUUGAUUCAUAAUAGAAAAAGCCCAUUCUGUUAGUAGCUCAGGAUAUAGACCAAACAGAUAAAUGCAGAAAAUAUAUUUUGAUACGUUGCUAGUUUAUUGACGUUCGCUGUAACUUUGAGCAGUAUGAAGAGGAAUGCUGGAAACUGGAAACUUUCGAGAACAGUUUAUACGUAACUAUAUUAAUAGAAUUAUAAUAGUCACACUUUUUUUUAAACGUUUAUCCGUGAUAAUUCUUUGUUUUUAUAAUCAACUAUACCGCAUAAUGACUUCAUUCAAUAGGUACCUGAAAUACACAAACACACUAUAUACACUGCAGGAGAAAAUUAAAUAUCCUUGAAGGAUAAAUGGAACAAUUUCAUAGAUAGUACAGAGAAUUUAAUAAGAUGAUUAUUACGAUAAUUUUGUCCAAUGAACAAUUAACCUUAAUGAAAUUUAUUGUUCUAAUAAUCAGUAGUAUCGUAAGGUUACUCAAUUAAUUUAUUCCUUAGUCGCAGUAAACAUCAGUCAUUCGUAUCGCGUUAGUUAUAUUAUACAAAAGUUACUUCCAAUCAUUCUCACGUAUUUUUUUUCAUUUUCAUCAUCUUAAAUAAUUAUACAGAUAUGGACAUAAGUUUUCUAGCUGCCAGCAUUAUAUCAUCAUACUAUUCUAGACUGGAGGAUAAUCGAAUACCAAUUAUUACAAAUCCAUUAAAUUAAUUGGAACUCGAAGAGAAAGUUUCAGUGAACAAUGUAUAUUUGUUGCCUAUUAUAUUAUUGAACAGGUUCUUCCCUAUUUUAUUAUGUAAACUCCAAUUGGCAAUGACCAGAGAGAUUUACAUUAAUUACAGGGAACAUCCUAUAA